AUGAACUUCCAGGAGCUCUUGGGCUCCCUGAAGCAACAGCUCGGUCAUCCAGAUGCACGUGGUGGACGCGCCCACCUCGUCCCGCAGUUACUGACGCGUUUCGCAGACCGACUCGUUCGUCAACGUCAGUUUUUGUACGACUCCGAGAUCUGGAAGGAGCGCCUGAUGUCGACGGGCAUGCUCGAGCAGAGCCUGCUCGAAAGCUUCGUCUUGCUCCGGCCGUCUUACCUGUCGGAAGAAGACGCUGUGGGGACGUUCAGACGUCGAGGCUUUGCGGUGCCAACACGCUGGUGCGAGGGCUUUGCCGCAGAGGUACUGCCUGAGCGCAUGUCUCUACCGGCCAGAGCGGCGAUCCACUUUGCCGCGGUGGGGGAUGACUGUGUUUGCCUUUCCAAGACCGGCUAUGCGCCCUUUGGGCGGGAAGUGUUCAGCGGGCACAGCGUGGCGAUGGAAACAUACGACGCGAACCACUGA